AUGCAUAUACUCGCGACUGAUCAAACGAAAUUAAAACAAGAUCAUGAAACUUAUAUAAAACUUAGUGUUUUUGUAUGCCAAAUUACUAAAGCUAUUCUUAUUGCUCAAAAUAAAAACAAGAAUACGCAAAAUAUUAUUAGAAAGCAUGAUGAAUAUACUAUUAAUUUGAAAAUACUAACUAAACUUGAAGUAGUAGAAUCAUUACCAGUUCGAGAGCUCUUGGACU